GGGGCGGCAAGACCUCUCACCCGCUCUCCUUUCACUCCCGAGGAGCAGUAUCUCCCCCACCGCUGGAGACAAGUACCGAACACGUAGCCCUGAGCCAGACACCAAGAAGAUAAAGAGGGAGGAGACGCUUGAUAGAGAAGGAGGGAAGAUGGAACAAGAACUAGUGGUUGAUGACACGCAGGACUCCGUCAGCCCAGCCGUCAAUGGCACCACGUCGCCCAGGGAAAACGGCGUAGCGAAGAAGACACCUCCGCUGGGAUCCGUCAGCCCGCGCAGCUCUGGGUCGUCGUCGUCCACGCCGCAGGCCCGCAAGGAGGAGAAGCCCGCCACACCCAAUAGCAAGGCGCCCACGCCCACGUCGUCCGGCCCCGGGCCCUCCAAGCCGCUGUGCAAGGCGCUGCCGCCCGUCGGCUCCUUCCCCGCCGGCUACCCACUGCCCGAGGCCGCCGCCGCCGCCGCCGCCGCCGCCGCCGCUGCCGCCGCCGCUGCCUCCGCGCCCUACCCGUACCCGCGACCGCCCGCACAUCCGCAGGCGGCGCCGCCCUCCACGCUGGACCUGCACGGGCGCGGCGGGUCGCUGCACGCCCUGCAGGGCGGCAAGCCUGCCUACAGCUUCCACGUCAACGGGGAAGGCCACCUGGCGCCCGUGCCCUUCCCGCCCGACGCCCUGCUGGCAGCGGGCAUCCCGCGACACGCGCGGCAGAUCAACACGCUGCACCACGGCGAGGUGGUGUGCGCCGUCACCAUCAGCAACCCCACCAAGUACGUGUACACGGGCGGCAAGGGCUGCGUCAAGGUGUGGGACAUCUCGCAGCCAGGCUCCAAGACGCCCGUGUCCCAGCUGGACUGUCUGCAACGGGACAGCUACAUCCGUUCAGUGAAGCUGUUACCUGACGGGCGCACGCUGCUCGUGGGCGGCGAGGCGUCCACGCUCAGCAUCUGGGACCUGGCCACGCCCACGCCUCGCAUCAAGGCUGAACUCACUUCCGCGGCGCCGGCGUGCUACGCGCUGGCCAUCUCGCCGGACUCCAAGGUGUGCUUCAGCUGCUGCAGCGACGGCAACAUCGCCGUGUGGGACUUGCACAACCAGACGCUGGUGCGGCAGUUCCAGGGCCACACGGACGGCGCCUCGUGCAUCGACAUCUCGCCGGACGGCACCAAGCUGUGGACGGGCGGCCUGGACAACACGGUGCGCUCGUGGGACCUGCGCGAGGGGCGCCAGCUGCAGCAGCACGACUUCACCAGCCAGAUCUUCUCCCUGGGCUACUGCCCCACGGGGGAGUGGCUGGCCGUGGGCAUGGAGAGCUCCAACGUGGAGGUGCUGCACGUCAACAAGCCGGACAAGUACCAGCUGCACCUGCACGAGUCCUGCGUCCUCUCACUCAAGUUCGCCUCGGCAGGAAAAUGGUUCGUCUCCACGGGCAAGGACAACCUGCUCAACGCCUGGCGGACACCCUACGGCGCCUCCAUCUUCCAGUCAAAGGAAUCGUCAUCUGUCCUGAGCUGCGACAUAUCAGCUGACGACAAGUACAUCGUGACAGGAUCGGGGGACAAGAAAGCAACAGUCUAUGAAGUUAUCUACUAGCGUGUGUGUGUGUGUGUGUGUGUGUGUGUGUGUGUGUGUGUGUGUGUGUGUGUGUGUGUGUGUGGGUGUGUCUCGAAUGUAUAUAAAGCCACGUGGUGUAAACAAAGCCACGUGGAGGUGUAAACAAAGUCACGCGGUGUAAACAAAGCCACGUGGAGGUGUAAACAGUCACGUGAUGUAAACAGAGCCACGUGGAGGUGUAAACAGUCACGUGAUGUAAACAGAGCCACGUGGAGGUGUAAACAAAGUCACGUGAUGUAAACAAAGCCACGUGGAGGUGUAGACAGAGCCACGUGGAGGUGUAAACAACGCCUCGACCAGGUGUAAACAAUGCCACAUGCAGUGUUGCGAUUGUAAACAGUGCAAACACAUAUAGAGCCAAUUGGUGCCAAGAAAUGAGAGGCAAUGAACGAAAGCAAACAGGCAAACAACUGGUGCUAAAGAGACGCCUGAACGAAAGACAAGUGUACAUACCAGUCACCAUGAGAGUGUGGAAGCAGCGAGGACAGAUGCUGAUGUAAACAAGUGCAAACAAUUCUGUCUGUACCGCGUGGGGAAACCAAUGUCACUGUUGUCAUUACUUAUUGUUAUUUAUUUAUUUAUUUUCAAGUUCACACGAUAAUUUUUGGACUGUGAUAAAAUGUUAGGGUCUCUCUCUCUCUCUCUCUCUCUCUCUCUCUCUCUCUCUCUCUCUCUCUCUCUCUCUCUCUCUCUCUCUCUCUCUCUCUCUCCCCAUCCUCCAAAAUUAAUGUUUACUUUCCUGUUUAAAAAAUAUAUAAUUGAUUUUUUUUAGAAAAGUACUAUUAUUAUUAUUAUUAUUAUUAUUAUUAUUAUUAUUAUUAUUAUUAUUAUUAUUAAAGCUGAAAUCCUCUCCCUCUUCCUCCUCCUUUCUUCUUCAUCAUCAUCAUCAUCAUCAUCAUCAUCAUCAUCAUCUUCUUCUUCUUCUUCUUCUUCUUCUUCUUCUUCUUCUUCUUCUUCUUCUUCUUCUUCUUCUUCUUCUUCUUCUUCUUCUUCUUCUUCUUCUUCUUCUUCUCCUGUUAGGCUUAUAAUUACAUAUUUAUUUAUUUUGUUGGUAUAAUAAUAUAUAAGAUUUUCAUGUGUGUGUGUGUGUGUGUGUGAAAGGAGAGAGAGAGAGAGAGAGAGAGAGAGAGAGAGAGAGAGAGAGAGAGAGAGAGAGAGAGAGAGAGAGAGAGAGAGGUUAAAAUGAAUAAAUAGGCAAGUUUUUGAAAGACUGCAAAUUGAAGAAAAAUAAGAGUGAAAAAAAAAACAAGAAGGAAGAGAAAAUUGAAAACGAAGAGAAGAAACAAAGAAAAUGAAAGGAAGAGGAAAUAAAUAAGGAAAAGGAAGAAAAGGAAAAACAAAGAAGAGAAAAGAAACACAGAGAGAGAGAGAGAGAGAGAGAGAGUUGUAAUAAAACAAAAACAAUAACAAAGAAACAAGUAGAUAAACUCUCUCUCUCUCUCUCUCUCUCUCUCUCUCUCUCUCUCUCUCUCUCUCUCUCUCUCUCUCUCUCUCAUGUACAUUUUAAAAAAGACAAAAUUGAGAGAGAGAGAGAGAGAGAGAGAGAGAGAGAGAGAGAGAGAGAGAGAGAGAGAGCAAAUAAAGACAACUAAUACAAAUUUUGGAGAGAGAGAGAGAGAGAGAGAGAGAGAAAAUAAUGUAAAUAGCCUUUCGUUGUAAAUAGAGAGAGAGAGUGUGUGUGUGUGUGUGUGUGUG